AUGAGCCAGGAAGACAUUCCCGGCCCAGGCGCAGCUCCGGGGCUCGCCGACGGCCUCGACGGCUCGACACGAAAGCCGGCGUCCCGGACCGCCGCCCAGCAUCCCUCCGGCAAGGUCGGUCACGGCGCCGUCGUCAAGUUUGUGCGCGGUCUUGCCUUUGCGGUGUAUUUUUGGUCCUGCACCUUGGUCAUUGGCGUCACGCAGCUCAUCGGCGCACCCCUGUAUUUCGUCAACAGGGACAUGUUUUACGCCUGGAUGGCCAUGACGAAGCAGCAAUUCGCCCUCGUCAUCACUGUUAUGACCAGGAUCUGGGGGCGGACCAUCAUUCGCGUCAGCGGCGACGAGUCUGUGGCUGGGCAGAUCAAGACGAUGUCAGACGGCACUGUUCAAUUUGACUUUCCUGAGCGCAUGGUUCUGAUCGCCAAUCAUCAGAUUUAUACAGAUUGGCUAUACCUGUGGUGGGUUGGCUACGCCAAUCGCGUUGCCAUGCAUGGCCAUAUCUACAUCAUUCUCAAAGACUCUCUUCGCUGGAUCCCGAUCAUGGGCACUGGCAUGAUGUUUUUUGGAUUUAUUUUCAUGUCGCGCAAGAUGGCAACGGACCGCCCGCGCAUCGCCCACCGUCUACAGAAGCUUCGUGAGCUCAAGACUGACCCCAACGGGAAGAGCUAUUACGAUCCCAUGUGGCUUCUUUUGUUCCCAGAGGGAACCAACUUAUCCUCCAACGGUAGGCGUAAAUCGUCCUCUUGGGCGGCCAAAAACGACCUCAAGGAUCCUGAACACGUCAUGCUACCCCGAAGCACCGGCACAUUCUUCUGUCUCAAUGAGCUGAAGGGUUCGGUCGAAUAUGUUUAUGAUUGCACUGUUGCCUAUGAAGGUAUCAAACGUGGUGAAUAUGGAGAAGAGUUCUUUACCCUCAGUGGCACCUACUUUGCCGGUCGCCCUCCCAAGUCUGUCAACUUCCACUGGAGGAGAUUCCGCCUUGCUGAUAUCCCGCUCGAUGAUCCAAAGGAGUUUGAGGAGUGGCUUCGCAACGAAUGGUACAAGAAGGAUGAACUCAUUGAGGUGUAUCUGAAAGAAGGCCGCUUCCCUCCUUUGCCUGGCUCAUCGACUCCGUAUGUCGAGACAGAGGUCAAGACCAAAUCGCCCUUCGAGAUUCUGCAGAUUUUUGCCGUUUUGGGCAUCGUUGCUCUCAUGUGGAAUAACGUCCAGAAGUUGUAUACGGCUGCCACCAAAAUGCUUCGGUGA